UGACCAGUUGCGUAGGUGAAGGAUUUGAUGUGACGCAUGUUGUAGCAUAACUGAUCUGAUAAGCAAAAACUGCAUUAAUCCUUUUUGUAAAAUCUUUGUUUACUUAUUAAUUUAUUAAAUAUUAAUGAAUAUACAUGUAUACUUAAUAUAUAUAUGAAUAACAAGUAAACGUUUUCUCAAAACAAACAAAUGAUUGAACAAAAAGGUGCUUAUCACCUAAGAAAUAAACACAUCGUCUUUUAAUUUACUAAACAAGAGAUGUGUAGAUGAUUAUUUCGUUUUAAAAAUGCCUCCUGUAUUCUGCAUUUCUUUCGAUUUCACAAAAUUGCAUAUAUUUUGAUCCAAAGCACUAUACAAUUUAAAUCAUUGCAUAUAAAAGAAUGACAACAUCAGAAAUGGAAGGUGGUCGAUUUGAUUUUGACGAUGGUGGAAGUUAUGUUGGUGAGUGGUGUGAAGGAAGAGCACAUGGGUUGGGUAUAGCUACUGGGCCAGAAAAUCAGGGCGAAUAUUCAGGAGAAUGGAAUAUGGGUUUUGAAUCAAGAGGUGUAUAUAUAUGGCCAAGUGGGAAUAUUUAUAGUGGUACUUGGCUGAAAGGGAAACGUCAUGGUGAAGGUGUUCAAAUCAAAGGACGCUGGGUUUACAGAGGAUCAUUUACAACUGGGUUUUGUGGUCGUUAUGGAAUCAAGGAAUCUCUAACCAGUUGCGCAAAAUAUGAAGGAAGCUGGCAUUUGAAUCAGUUUGAUGGUUUUGGCGUAGAAACUAAUUCAGAUGGAAGCAUAUAUGCUGGAGCAUGGUCUAAGGGUAUGCGUCAGGGUCUUGGUGUUCGUCGUUCAGCACCCUAUGCUCUAGCAGCUGAAUUUAAUCGCACAGUACGCGCAGCUCAAUCGCAAAAUAGUUUGCCAUCGGGAACAGAUUCAGAACGCGGUUGGAAAGGUACAAACAGCUCCGGAGGUGGAAGUGGUGGCGAUGUCAGGAACAGCGCAGAAAGAGGUCGACCAGAUGAAAGAAGAAGUGGGUUUGUUUUGCGUGCUACAUCUUGCCCUUUGCCAUCUUCCCUAUCAAACAAUUCAAGAAGUAGCUCUUCAGGCUAUCGAAGUGCUACUCCAACAACAGAGAAAAAGUCCAUCUUCAAACGGAGUUUCUUUCGAAAGUUAAGAAAGCAAAAGUCAACUGGUGAUUUAUCUAUCGUUGGAGGAAGAUCAAUUGGUACGUUUUCCACUUGUGGUGGAAGUGGUGGUUUAUUUCAUAGUCGUGGACGUCGACCAGGUGGGUCACUUCGAUCGAAUCUCAGUACUUCAAGUCAAAUAACAACGAACUCAUUUGGUCGUGGUGAUGUUAAGGCUGUAGGGAACGGAGGUCAAGGGCUUCACGAAUUCAUGGAAGAAACAUUAGGACCCAAUGUUACUGAGACGUACAGUGGUCAGUGGAAUGAGGACAGACGUUCAGGAUAUGGUGUUGCUGAACGAUCUGAUGGAUUACGUUAUGCAGGAGAAUGGUUUAAUAAUAAAAAGGAUGGAUAUGGCAUUACUUAUCGUACAGAUGGAACCAAAGAAGAAGGAAGAUACAAAGAGAAUAUACUUGUUCAAGCUCUAAACAGAAAAAGUAAAUUGUUUAUGCUUCGGCAUACAAAGUUAAGAGACGCUAUAGAGGAAGCAGUAAAAAAUGCUGAAGAUGCAGCAAAGAAAGCUCAAGAAAGUUCAUACGAAUCAGCCUUUCAGCGAGCUCAAACUGCACGAACAGUAGCAGGUACAGCUGAUGCGCGUGCUCGAGAAGCACGUAAACUUUCUGAAGAAGCCAGGGCAAUAGCACGUGAAUUUUCCCCAGAGUUCGUUCAGUUGGGAAUUAUGUGGGAAAAGCAAAAUCCUUUGGUGAAAAAAGAUAUUUUUGGAUUUAGUUCGAAUAAUGAAGAGGAUUUAACAGCUAGAGGUAGAAGAACCGAUCUUAACAGUUUGCAUACACAAGGUAUGUUAAAAGAAAACACACUAGGUCCUGAAAAUUCCGCACAAAUUGGCAAUAGCUUAGAGGUAAGCGGUGGAAGCCGUCAAGGUAGCUUCCGUUCAAGCUUUCGUCGUCGUGGAAAUGCUGCACCCGGGUUACAACAAAACGAACAUUAUCCAAAUGAUCAUUACAAAUAUCAAGAUGAAAUGCAGACAUCUAAUCCUAACAUAGAUUCACAAAGAUAUCACUCAAAAGAAUUUCAUGGGGUAGGAAAAGAAAAUAAUUUGAAUACACAGUAUAGAAAACAAAUUGAUUCACAAAAUACAACAUUAGGAUAUCAGAGAAGUCCAGCUGGAAGACCUAUAGCUAGAGCUGCUACAACUGGAUUUACUGGUUUAGGCUAUCCAUCAUCUGAUCAACAACAAUUUGCUCAGCAUAUGGCUCAACAUCCUCAUUCUCCUUAUCUGAUAGCAUCAGCAAGUCAACAAUUGGAUAUUCCUAUUGAACCAAAAAACAAUUCCAGCAGAGGAUUCGAAUACAGUACAAUGCCACGUACACACAACAGACCUACUGAUACAGCAUCCCUUCAUUCCCCAGUGAUUAACAGCGCCAAGCUUAUGAAAACUGGAGCUCAUAGGUCAACUGAAAUUCGAAUAGAUAAAACUCAACUUGUACAGCCAUGUGAAACAUAUCGUGCUCAUAUUGGCUAUGUGGACAACUCUCAGAUACAUGAUUUCCAAAAUAUGGAAAUGAAUUUUAAUGGUCAAAUCAAUAAUGAGGAGAUGUUCAUGGAUAACUGGGAACAAGAGUCUGUAUUAUCAAAAGAACCUGUCCCACCACCUGAAACACCACUAUCGUCAAUAAACAAGGUACGACGUAGAACUCUACCAUCAAUAAUGACUGAGCCUCCUAUUCAAAUCACUAGAAAUGCUUGUGUUAAACUAGGAUCACAAAUGCCAAACUCAAGAAGAAAUGAGACAACGAAGGGAUCAACUCUCAGUUCUAAAUUAAGUUCUAUUAUUGAUGAUCAGACUGUACAUAGUGCCGAAAAUUUGCCGGCUGAUGCAGCUGCCACUUAUAUAAUUGAGAAUGGAAUUAGAAAACGAGUUCAAGCCGAGACUCACCAUCGUCAGCAAAAUCAACGUGACAGAAUUUCCACAGGGCCAACAGGGUCACCUCAGAAAGCUUCGGAAACUAAUUAUCUGGAAGGUAGUAGACCAGAAUGGACUACAGCAUAUGAUCCAUAUAGACCAGCUAUGGAAAAUACUGGAGUUAUUACAGCUAACAGAUCUGGGACAAAUAAGCAAUAUCGCGAUCCAGAAUCACCAGAUUUAUUGCCUCUUCCUAAAUCAUAUGUUAUCGAGUCAAUAGUUCACCUCCCGGGUGCUGUGAAAGAAGCCAGUAUGCCAGAUAUUUCCAUAAAUCGUGGCCACACAGCAGGUCGAUAUGACAGUCCUUCAAGGUGUACAGCAGCACAACAGCCAGUUUCUGGAGUACUUACUCGUGAAGAAGUUGCACGUUUAAGUCAAGCCAGAAGACAGGAAUUAUAUCAUGAAAUGGAAAGACGAAAACGAGGUGAAAUUGUCAUACGCUUGGCUGAUAUUAAGGAUUGGAUUCAUGCUAAUUUCGUUAUCGUCUUCGUUUUAUUAAUUAAUGCUAGUUUAGCAUUUUUCUUUUUUAAUUUAUUAACUGAAAAUUCAAAUCAAUCAAAUCCAUCAUCUAAAACUACUUUAAACACUGGUCGUUCAAUGUCAAGUGAUACUAAUACACCAGCAAUGAAAACAAUUAAAACUGCGAAAAAAUUCAUUUCAGCCGCUUUAAAAGCUAAACAACAAAAUAAUGCUGGAAAAUAAUAAUUAAAUCAAGUGAAUUAUUGUCAUCCUCACCAUCAUCAUCAUCAUCAUCAGCAAUCGGUAAACAUAUUAUGAUAGAAUAAAUGAAAAGAAAUAAAUAUAAAAGUUUUCUAGUUUCGAACAUUUUGAAAAGUUUCUUUAUUUCUUCUAUUAUUAUGAUUUGUUUGAUUUGAAAUACGUGUGAUUUUCUUCUUUUUCUUCAAUUAUACUGAGAAAAUUUCUAUACACUUGUACGUUUUUUCGUCACUGAUCUUAUUUUCACAAAUCAAUACACACGCACGUAUAUACAUACAUAUAUACAGACUUACGUAAAGUAAAGGAUUCAUGUAUUAUCUGGUAUAUUAUGCCGUGUACAGCUGAAAUGAUUAGAUAACAACGUUAUCAAGAAUGAGGAUUAUGAGAGAUAGUCAUAUGCUUUGUAUAAUACCACAAUUACUACUAUUACUACUACUACUACUAAUAAUAAUAAUAAUAACAUACUGUUGUUUUAGUCCCAAACCUAUUUCCCACUAACUAAUCUCUUCUCUUUUAUUCGACUAAUAUAGGAAACACAAUUGUACACAGACAAAUAAAUGUAACAUUACACCUAUUUAUUACCUAUUUGAUUCUCAAGAAAUAUCUCCUCUAUAACACGAUAUUCUUUUUUCAAAAAGCAACAAUGUUUCCUUAAUUUAACACUUGAUUUUCUAGGUUUAAUUGUUAUUAAUAUUAUUGCAGUUGUUAUGGAUACAUGUUAUUGUCAGGCUAUAGAAAGAAUAAAAUCUCAAGUAAUUUAUAUUCAUCUUAGAUCGAUUAGUAUAUCAUAAAAUGCAAUAAGAUGAAUUGUAUGGAUCAUUCAAAUUUUUGCUUUUAUUUCGUUACUCUUUACUUUUUCUGAAAAUAAACUUGACAACUAAUUAUAUAAUUGAAAGCCCAUUACAAAAUUUCAUUCAUUCCCUUUUAAAAUACAAAACAACAAUGAAUAUUAGUUUAAAAUUUAGGUAUUUAAGUAAUAUUUUAACAUUCGAACUAAUUUAUAGUGGUUGAUUAAAUUCUGUUUGAACUCUUGUCCCUAAUUUUAUUUGUAGACAAUCUAUAUACUCUUCUAUGUUAUUGGUGUUACUAUUGUUUUCUAUUUUGUUCUUAUUCUGUCUAUUUUCAUUUUGUUCCCGACUUGUGUGUAAGAAGUUGCUCAAACUUUGAAUAAAAUUAUAAAAAAAAGC